AAUGAUGGCGGCGCCCGGAACGGAAAAGCUGUUUGUCGCACGCUGUGUUCUUGGCGGUGUCGUGUCGAUUCGAUCAGGUUCAAGCGCUGCUCAAAAGGGCGAUAUAUUGAGGUGUCUGCUGGUCGUGCUUUGUUGGCUCUGCGUUAGCGCCAGGAAUUCAUUGGUCGAUGAUUUGCUGUUACCAUAUCCUCUACUUUCCAAGCACGGACCAAGCCACACUCAUCGUGAAGUCAGAGACUGCCAACCAGUUAUUCAUGGGAAUACAACAUAUGAAGUAUGGCCUAGCAGUAACCACACUGUGCUUCCAUUGGUUUCAAGCAAAGUAUUUGCAUCUGUGUUUGCAAAUGGUAUUGAUAAAAAGACAGUACUUGGGCAUUUUACUUUUAUAAAUAAUCCGUUGAAGACGGUCUCAGUAUUGGAACCUGGUGGAGUUUUGGGUUGCAGUAAAAAUACAACAGCAACUGUUGAAGAAACUGUUAAAUACGGGAAGUGUGUUGUGGCUCAGAACGGUGGCUUCUUUAACACUACUACAGGGGAAUGUUUAGGAAACAUUGUGAGCAAUGGCAGAUUGGUGCAGAAUUCUGGAGGAAUCCAAAAUGCUCAGUUUGGCAUUAAAGCUGAUGGUACCAUGGUUUUUGGUUAUCUAUCAGAAGAGCAAGUGCUGGAUGAAGAAAAUCCGUUUGUGCAGUUGGUGAGCGGAGUAGUAUGGCUGCUGCGAAACGGAGAGGUUUACAUUGAGCAGAGCAAAGCUGCAGAAUGUGAUAAGAGUCAGAAUACUGGUAGCUUUGAUUACUUUGUUGAUGUGGUCUCUGCAAGGACAGCAGUGGGACAUGAUCAGGAAGGUCGACUUAUUCUGUUUCAUGUAGAUGGGCAGACAGAUAGUAGAGGACUGACUUUGUGGGAGAUGGCCACAUUCUUAAAAAAACAAGGAGUCAUUAAUGCUAUAAACUUAGACGGUGGUGGUUCAGCUACACUGGUUAUAAAUGGAACCCUUUCUAACUACCCAUCUGAUCAUUGUGUGGCUGACCCCAUGUGGCGUUGCCCAAGAAGCAUCUCUACAAUCAUAUGUGUUCAUGAGCCCUACUGCGAUCCACCUGACUGUGGAGAUCAUGGGCAAUGUGUAUCAGGAGAGUGUCGGUGUUCUGGUGCCUGGACAGGUCCUGCCUGUGACAUCCUCAACUGUGGUCCAUCCAACUGUGCACAUGGGAACUGCACUGAGGGGGUCUGUAUGUGUGAUGCUGGCUGGACAGGUGAUGACUGCAGUAAUGUCAGUUACAGUUAUGAACCUGUGACAUAUACAACUCAGAGAGACACCUCAGAGUCUGGUGCCAAGAUGAUUUUAUUUACUGAGCAGACAUGGGCGACAUUAAGCUGUGUUCUUGCUGUUCUGCUGGCAGUUAGUGCUGCAUUCAAUAUCAAGCGGGUGUCUUGGUGCCAACAGCGAAAUACAGAUUGGAAGUACUCAUACCAGCAACUUAAGGGGGAUGCGGAUGCUGUUGAAAUUUGUGAACCAUGGAACUUGAAUCAGCAAAAUAGCUAUGUGGAAUCCUUGCAUUCAGAAGCUCAGAGUUGAAAACUAUAGCCAAUUUCUUAAAUAGGCAAAAAAAACAAGAAUUGUUCAUCAAACCAGUGCCUCAAAGACUAUUGUUUGUACCUUACAAUGUGCAAUAUUUAAGAAAUUAUUAGCCAUCUGGCAUGGGCUACUUACUCAUGUGGAAGUUCCAAUCCUUGAAAAUGCGGCCCUGGGCUGGACAUCCCCGCUGCAGACCUGCAGAAGUGUAGCAUGCAGCCAUACCCUAAAGUGCCAGGGCGGCUUGUCUCCUCCAAGUCCAGCCCUGGUGAAUGUAUAUACUGUACAUUUUGUCAGUGGUUAAGAGCUAUGUGUAAGAUUUUAAAGGGCCGAUCAUGGCCUUGUUUGUUUUUCUCAGGGAUAUUUGAAACAAGCUUUUCUUCCUAGCCGCUGCUUCCUGCUCAGGCAGCAUUACAUGGUUUCUGUGAAGGUGAGCAUGUGCAUACGUGACUUGGGUCCAAACAUUUACUUUGCAAAAAACUUCCAGCUGGCUGCAUGCCAAAGAUCCUCCAACACUCCUGCAAGCAGCCGCACAACCACAGAUCUGCUCGGGGACGGGUGCCAAAGACCCACAAAAAAUAUACACAAGCUUCACACUCCGGUAAUAAAGUGGUUUAAUGAGGAGUAAAGUGCCAAAAAUAUACCCGGGAUAAUAAACGGGAGAAAAAAGUACAAAGCUUAAGCUUUCACGUCUUAGACGG